CUCUCUCAACCUAUUUUAAUUUCUUGUUGUGAAUGCAAAUUCAGCCAGAAGUAUGUGGAAAACAUCUGCCCAUUGCAUUCUUAGCUGCCCAUUUUGAAGGAGCUUCCCUCUCAGAUACUGAAGCACAGACAGAUGGCCAAUCCAGCUGUGGCAGGUGUGACAAUUUAGUCAGCGUGCCAAAAGCAAAACCUGACCUCUGGCCACCUCAAAAUCUCUGUUAUUUGGCUUCAAUAUUGCAUUUACUGGAACUCAGUACACUGCUACAGGAUACAGGAUGAUUCCAGCAAAGUAAAAGGUCCAGAAGAUCAUGGAAGGCUUCUGACACUGCACAACAUAUUCUUGCACAAGAGACUAAUUUGAAGCUGUAGAGAUUGUGGAAAUUGAAGCAAAAUCCAAUCAGUUUCUGAAUUCUUAACACAGGAAUAAACCAACCAACACCACAGUGAACACAGUGAAAUAGUAAGAGAGUCAUGACCUUUCAAAGAACACUCACGUUCCGGUUGGAACGUAGGAAAUACAAGUGUUCACAUGAGAAGAGUUUCCAGGAAAGCAGUCAGAAUGAAAGCGCAACUGCCUUCCAGCGGAGGGUGUGGUGCUGGAACACAACAUGCAGUGUCAGAGCAAUUCAGACCAUUUCACUGAAGCACAUCUCACUCGCAGUACCUGCUGCUAGUCUGCUGACAAAACAAGCUCUGCCAUGGGCUGGGAUCUGAAUAACUCAACUGAUUACUGGAUGGAGGAUGAGGAGGAUGAUCUCAACUCGGUUAUAGAUUACAAUACCUAUGAGCAUCUCUGUGAAAAAAGUGAUGUGAGAAACUUCAGUAAAGUAUUCCUCCCCGUGUUCUAUGCAUUGGCUUUCACUCUUGGAGUUGCUGGAAAUUCAUUAGUGGUUGCCAUUUAUGCCUAUUGCAAGAAACCGAAGACCAAGACAGAUGUGUACAUCAUGCACCUGGCCAUUGCGGAUCUGCUCUUGCUCUUUACACUCCCCUUCUGGGCUGCAAAUGCAGUGCAGGGAUGGGAACUUGGAAACUCAAUGUGCAAGCUUGCUUCUUCUCUGUACACCAUGAAUUUCAGCUCUAGCAUGCUGUUCCUGGCCUGUAUCAGUGUGGAUAGAUACAAGGCCACUUCUGAAUCCCGGGGUCACAGAAGAAUUGGUCAACACUGCAGCGUUACCUGCAUCUGUGUCUGGCUGACUGCCAUUUUCCUCAGUAUCCCUGAACUGAUAUUUAAUCAAGUCAAGAAACACAAUGACAGGAAUGAAUGCCUUCCUGUAUUUCCAAUGAACAUGGAAACACUCUUAAAAGCAACCAUUCAAAUCCUGGAAAUUAUCCUGGAAUUUCUGCUUCCUUUCCUAAUAAUGCUGGUCUGCUAUUCAGCUACUGCCCGAGCAAUAUUUAGAUCUGCAAGUGCUAAAAAGUCUCGACCUUUCAUGGUCCUGCUGGCCGUAGUGGCUACUUUCAUCAUUACCCAGCUACCUUACAACAUUGUCAAGUUCUGGCGAGCCACAGAUAUCAUCUACAUGUUGAUCACUGACUGUGAUACAAGUAAAACCAUAGACGUUGCACUCCAGGUCACCAAGAGCAUAGCUUUGUUCCACACCUGCCUGAAUCCUCUUCUCUAUGCCUUUCUGGGAGCCUCUUUUAAAAUGCACGUUAUGAAAAUUGCAAAAAAUUAUGGAUAUUGGAGAAGACAACAACAGAAUGGAAGACCUGAAGAGAUUUCUAUGAAUUAUGAAGACCAUGCUGAAGAAACAACUAGUUUCACUAUAUAGACUCUCCACUACUUUCCUGAUCUUAUGUAACCAAGGGAAUUAUUUACUAAUAUUAAUUAUAAUAAUAUUAGUUACUAAUAUUGUUAUACAAGGGUAUUGUUUCAGCAGCUGUUUCUCUGCAAGUCAACUUUCAGAUGACUUUCUGAACCUGCAGACUAGCCAAGACUCUACAGAGCAGCUCAAAGUAGAACAUGUUGAUCAAAAUGAAGCAUCAGGCAAGAACUAAAUACUGAAAGUUCUAGAAACAACUGGAGAAUCAAGCUAGAGAAUGAACAACCUGCACAUGUCUAAAUAUCUAAUUAAACCAGAAACCAUCAGCAAUAAAGCAGCAGUAUAGGAACAUUUGUACCAAAAGUUAAUAAUCUUGUGUUUCUCCAAGUGUUUUGUAAAACAGAGGGAACAUUUGCCUAAUAAAUCAGCUCCAUUUUUUUCCUCAGCUCUCAUUCCAUAGAUAGCCUUGCAGCUUGAAUUGAGGUCUAAGUUCAUGGCUGAGAAUUGGGAAGGGGAGACAUUCUCUGUGUGUUUCUAUAUGUGCAUAGUCACAACAACAUCCUCCACAAAACCCAGUAACUACCAAAACUAACCUGUCGUGUCUCUUUUUCUGCUCACCCUAAACUUCCACAAGGCCAGUGCCCUAUGAGAGGCACGUUUUAGAUCUCUGUAAAUGCCAAAGCAGUGCAGUCAAAACAUUAGCACAAAUGUAAGCAAAAGUGAAGUUAAUCUUCAGAUACAGGGCCUGGAAUUUCUAGUCAGACUUCGUAAAAUGAAUCAAACACUGCCAUAACUGUAUCUACUAAAAGAGAUGAAGAUACAAUAAAAUCAAAGAACCCAGAAAGUGCACUGCCUUUCAUUUCUUCAUAUAUGUUUGUUUUGGUUUAGUGGGCAUUGACAUCGCUCAUCAUAGUCAUUUAUCAACCAGCAAAGGCUCAAGGCCUUGCUUGAUGGAUGAGAGAGGUUCUGACUCCAUACGGAGCUCAUUGGUUAGUGGGAUUUAGUUUUUCCAUGGAGAGUUUCCAAAGCUGUCCCUCGCCACAGUGCUGGCUUGGAUUCCAGGAAAACAGCCGUUUUCCAUGAGUCUCUGGAAGCAUUUCAAAUAUAUUGACAUAUUAGCUUUCAAAAUGAAGAGAGUGGUAUUACAGCAUACAGUCCCUGUCUUCAAACAUCCCAUGGGCUCUGACAACAUGCCUGAGCUAUGGAUUACAAAAGCCAACAAGAAUCUCUCAUUUUUAGACACUGUUCCUAGUUACAAAAUUAGGGAGUGGAA